AUGUCCCAACCGCCGCCGCCUCCUCCUCCGCCUUCUCAGCAGCAGCAGCCGCCGCCGCCUGUCUCGAAGAAGCGGGACCGGCGCAUCUUCUCCGGAACCUGCCCGGACCCCAGCUGCCAGGCGCGCCUGUUCUUCCCGGCCCACGGGCCGCUGAGCAGCGGCAGCAUCGAGUGCACGGACUGCGGGCAGCGCCACGAGCAGCGGCAGCUGCUGGGGGUGGAGGAGGUGACGGACCCGGACCUGGUGCUGCACAACCUGCUGCGGAACGCGCUGCUGGGGGUGAGCGGCGGGGGGCCCCCCAGGAAGAACACGGAGUUGGUCAAAGUUAUGGGCCUGUCCAACUACCACUGCAAGCUGCUCUCCCCCAUCCUGGCCCGCUAUGGCAUGGACAAGCAAACGGGCAAGGCCAAGCUUCUCACCGAGAUGAACCAGGGGGAUAUCUUUGACUGUGCUCUCCUGGGCGACCGCGCCUUCCUCAUCGAGCCCGAGCAUGUUGACACUAUGGGCUAUGGCAAGGACCGCUCCGGCAGCCUCCUCUACCUGCAUGACACCCUGGAGGACAUCAAGAAAGCCAACAACAGCCAGGACUGCCUGAUCCCUGUCCACGUGGAUGGUGACGGCCACUGCCUGGUCCAUGCUGUCUCACGGGCACUGGUGGGCAGGGAGCUGUUCUGGCAUGCGCUCCGGGAGAACCUGAAGAAGCACUUCAAGGAGAACCUGAGCCGCUACAAGGCUCUAUUCCAUGAUUUCAUUGACGCAGUAGAGUGGGAGGACAUAAUCAAUGAGUGUGACCCUUUGUUUGUCCCUCCAGAAGGUGUGCCAUUGGGCCUGCGAAACAUUCACAUCUUUGGUUUGGCCAAUGUGCUUCACCGGCCCAUCAUCUUGCUGGAUUCCUUGAGUGGAAUGCGCAGUUCUGGAGAUUACUCAGCCACUUUCCUCCCUGGGCUGGUACCGGUAGAGAAAUGCAUGGGAAAAGAUGGCAUGUUGAACAAACCUAUCUGUAUUGCAUGGAGUAGCUCUGGACGUAACCAUUAUAUUCCUCUGGUUGGAAUAAAAGGUGCUGCUUUACCGAAACUGCCUAUGAAAUUACUUCCUAAAGCUUGGGGAGUUCCUCAGGAUCUCAUCAAAAAGUACAUCAAACUGGAGGAGGAUGGUUGUGUGAUUGGAGGAGAUAGAAGUUUGCAAGACAAAUACUUACUGAGGCUGGUUGCUGCAAUGGAAGAGGUUUUCAUGAAUAAGCAUGGUAUUCAUCCCAGUUUAGUAGCUGAUGUACAUCAGUAUUUUUACAGAAGGACUGGUGUAAUAGGAGUUCAGCCUGAAGAUGUUACUGCAGCUGCCAAAAAAGCAGUCGUGGAUAACCGCCUUCACAAGUGUCUAAUCUGUGGUGCCCUUUCAGAGCUUCAUGUUCCUCCAGAAUGGCUGGCUCCAGGAGGGAAACUGUAUAACUUGGCCAAAAGUACCCAUGGCCAGCUGAGGCCUGACAAAAAUUACAGUUUCCCUCUGAACAGUUUGGUGUGCUCUUAUAAUUCUGUGAAGGAUGUCCUGGUACCAGACUACAGUCUGAGUAGUUUGACUGCUUGUAACUGGUGUCAUGGUACCUUGGUGCGUCGUGUCAGGGGAGAUGGAUCUGUUGUGUAUCUGGAUGGGGACAGAACUAAUACUAGAUCCACUGGUGGCAAAUGUGGCUGUGGAUUCAAGCACUAUUGGGAUGGUAAAGAAUAUGACAAUCUCCCUGAAGCCUUUCCUAUUACUUUAGAAUGGGGUGGAAGAGUGGUGAGAGAGACUGUAUAUUGGUUCCAGUAUGAAAGUGAUACAACUCUUAACAGUAAUGUGUAUGAUGUUGCAAUGAAACUUGUUACCAAACAUUUUCCUGGUGAAUUUGGUAGUGAGAUUCUUGUUCAGAAAGUUGUCAAUACAAUAUUACAUCAGACUGCCAAAAAGAACCCUGAUGAUUAUACUCCUGUAAAUAUUGAUAGUGCUCAUGCGCAAAGAGCUGAUGAUAUACAACAAGGACAAGACUUAGAUUCGCAACUUCCAACCAAAAUUAUUCUUACUGGACAGAAAAUGAAAACUUUGCACAAGGAAGAGUUAAAUAUGAGUAAAACUGAAAGAACUAUUCAACAGAACAUUGCAGACCAGGCUUCUGUAAUGCAGAAACGGAAAACUGAAAAAUUAAAACAAGAACAAAAAGGGCAACCUAGGACUACUUCCCCUGCCGCUGUUCGUGAUGGGCCAUCAUCUGCUCCUGCUACGCCUACAAAGACCCCUUAUUCUCCAACUUCUACAAAAGAAAAGAAGAUCCGAAUAACAACAAAUGAUGGGCGACAAUCUAUGCUUACAUUGAAGUCCACAACCACAUUCAUGGAGCUGCAGGAAAGUAUAGCCAGAGAAUUUAAUAUUCCUCCAUACUUGCAAUGUAUUCGCUAUGGCUUUCCUCCCAAAGAGCUUCUGCCACCCAAGGAAGGAAUGGAAAACGAGCCAGUUCCCUUGCAGCAUGGUGAUAAAAUAACUAUAGAGAUCUUCAAAGGUAAGGAAGAAGGUAGUCAGUCUACUUCAGCACCCUCAACUCAUGCUGUGAAACAUGAAGAUGUUGCAGUAACCAGUAAAAUAUCUUCCAAGGAGUUGCAAGAGCAAGUUGAUAAAGAAAUGUACUCAUUGUGUCUUCUAGCAACAUUAAUGGGAGAAGAUGUUUGGUCAUAUGCAAAGGGGCUUCCUCACUUGUUUCAGCAGGGUGGGGUGUUCUACAGCAUAAUGAAGAAAACUACCGGUCUGGCUGAUGGCAAGCACUGUACUUUUCCAUAUCUGCCUGGUAAAAACUUUGUGUAUAAUGCAGCAGAAGAUAGAUUAGAGCUGUGUGUGGAUGCUGCUGGGCAUUUCCCUAUUGGUCCUGAUGUUGAAGACUUGGUUAAAGAGGCAUUAAGUCAAGUACGAGCAGAGGCUACUUCUAGAAGCAGGGAAGCGAGUCCUUCACAUGGACUUCUGAAAUUAGGUAGCGGUGGAGUAGUAAAAAAGAAGUCUGAGCAACUGCAUAAUGUAACUGCAUUUCAAGGAAAGGGCCACUCACUAGGAACUGCAUCUAGUAGCCAACAACUUGAUCAGAAAUCCAGGGAAACACCACUUUUAAGAAAGCAUAACACAGAAACAGACUUCAAUCCCAGUCCCACUAAAAUAGAGCCUUCUAUAUUCACAGCUGCUUCUGGUAACAGUGAGCUUAUCCGCAUAGCUCCUGGAGUAGUGACAAUGAGAGACAGCAGGCAGCUUGACCCUACCUUGAUUGAGGCACAGAGAAAAAAGUUACAGGAAAUGGUUUCUUCUAUUCAGGCAUCAAUGGACAGACACCUGCGGGAUCAGAAUGCAGAGCAGUCAGCAUCAAUCGAUCUGCCACAAAGGAAAGUAGAAGCGGUGAGUUCAUCACCUAAAACUGGCAGCAUUCAGGCUAAUUUGCCAGAAUCUUUUUCUGUAACAGGUGGCACUGAACAUUCAAAUACAGAAACAACUGCUGGCAAUGUGGUAAAUUCAAUGGGAGCAACAUUCCACACAAGACCUAAAGCACAAAAAGGAAAUUCUGUUGAGGAGGCUGAGGAGAUGGAUAGUCAAGAUGCAGGAAUUGCUAAUACAACUGAGCCGAUGGAUCACUCUUGAUUGGUUGAAAGCUGAUAAGGAUAGAGAUUACUGUUCAAAUGUAAUGUUUGUUGGCUGGGCCACAUAAAAUGAUUAGUCAUUAA